AUGAGGUCAUAAGUAAUCUUAAUGGAUAUCUACAAAAAUAUCCACACUGCAAAUGUGUCAAAUUGAAAACUGAUAAGCGCUGAGGUCAUUCGUGACCGGACAGAAAACUUGAGUAUUGAAGUAUGCGUGUCGUAAUUUUGACGCUCCUGUUCAUCGGCGGAUUUGCCGGCGGAUCGUCGGUGCCGCCGGUUGAUACAGUGCUGUAUGAAGUUUUACAUUCAGUAGAAAAAGCUCUGGAAUUUUUCGCGGAUGAUUAUAGUGCUAUAAAUGUUGACGGAUUGUUUGGAUUACGACUAGGACAAGGUCAGCUACGAGAAGCGAUACGCGAAUGUAAACUCAGAUCAUGUGACAGUAACGUAUUCAAGAAAAUGUUGAAGUUAGAAAAGGAACUAGACAAGGCGGCUAAUUCAGCACUUCCAUAUGUUGAAAGCGAAGACUCUGAUUAUUAUGAAAGGUUUCUCGCCACUAUUGACAAACCGUAUGUAUUGCCAUACAAGCCGACUUCGUUUGAAAAAGUGCGGCCACUGGUUGGCUACAACUCCCACUACAAUGAAGAGAAGGGAGACUCCUGUUAUGCGCGCAUGCUCGGAACUUACGUGGAAAAUGGAAGAACUUUGGCCCGCUGCAAUAUCACCCACGACUGUUUAGAUUAUAUGACAACUGACGAAACUUCCGAUUAUUUCAUCACACAUCAGCUGCUGUACUUCAUAAUGGUGGAACAUGUUGGCUGCAAGGAUCAAUUUGAGAAGUUCGCUGGCGGACACAAACUACGGAGUAUUCAGAAGGAUUUCUGCGAUAAAAUAUACGAGGAAUCAAAACAUCUUUCACGCGAAGGAGAUGUUAGACAACACAGGAAAGAUCUCUUCUUAGAGCAAACUGUUUUGUGUGGACCUCUUGGAUUUGAAGAUUUUAUGAGGCCUGAUUGGAUAAAAAUGGUUUUGUCAUGGCCAGACAAGCGUCUUGGGUGUUUCCGGUCAAACCUCUAUAAGACACUGACCUCAAUUAUAAACAGCGAAAAAGAAAAGGAAAAUUCGAAAGAAGGAGAAACUAAAAGCAAACAGCCUGAAUCUAACCAGAACAACAUGCGUUCUCUGGACUUUGAGAGAUCUGACGGAAGCACAAUGAGAAAACUGCUCAGAGAGAAACAGAUGAAAGAUGGAUGUUUGUCUCACACUUCCGGUCUUGGAUUCGGUGUUCUGUGUACAUAUCUUCGAUUUUUAGUCAGAUACACGCCAAUGUAUAUGCUAUAAGUGCAUUUUCAUGGAAAUAAAAAAUAAGUCACGCAACAUUGUCAUUUGUGCAAAGACACAAAUGUAA